CACGCGCGUGGUACCCACGGUCGUGAGGAGGAGGAGGAUGUUGCGCGCGAAGGGGAAAUGGCUGCCGAAAACAAGCCGGAAGGACUGAAGAAAAUUCGUAAUCCGGAUCGAAUGUACAGAUCAGCUGUGUGUUAUGCCGGCCAUGCUCCUCCUAAGAGUAUCAGUGAUGACACAGAGAUGAACAAUGAACAUGGACAUUUGAAAAUAUACCUGCCCAAAAAGCUGCUUGAAUGUCUACCAAAAUGCUCAUCGCUGCCAAAGGAGAGACACAGGUGGAACACCAAUGAGGAGAUUGCAGCUUACUUGAUAACAUUUGAAAAGCAUGAGGAAUGGCUAACGACGUCCCCUAAAACAAGGCCACAGAAUGGGUCGAUGAUCUUGUACAACAGGAAGAAGGUGAAGUACAGAAAGGACGGCUACUGUUGGAAGAAGAGGAAAGAUGGGAAGACCACGCGGGAGGAUCACAUGAAGCUCAAAGUCCAGGGAGUGGAGUGUCUGUAUGGCUGUUACGUCCACUCCUCCAUCAUCCCCACUUUCCACCGCAGGUGCUACUGGCUGCUCCAGAACCCUGACAUCGUGCUCGUCCACUACUUGAAUGUGCCAGCCAUAGAGGAUUGUGGGAAGCCAUGCGGGCCAAUCCUGUGCUCCAUCAACACGGACAAGAAGGAGUGGGCCAAGUGGACCAAGGAGGAGCUGAUUGGCCAGCUCAAGCCCAUGUUUCAUGGCAUCAAGUGGACUUGCAGCAACGGGAACAGCAGCUCUGGCUUCUCAGUGGAGCAGCUGGUGCAGCAGAUUCUGGACAGCCACCAAACCAAGCCAACUCCCCGGACCCACAACUGCCUCUGCACAGGCACCCUGGGCGCAGGGAGCAGUGUGCACCACAAGUGCAACAGCGCCAAACACCGCAUCAUCUCCCCCAAGGUGGACCCCCGUGGAGGCUACAGCAGCGGUCACUCUGAGGUCCAGAACAACGACGUGUCCGAGGGCAAGACCGAGCACAGCAGCCAUGGAGGGGGGGGGAAAAGUUACGGAGGGGGAGGGGGCAGCGCCAGGGAGAAACGCAAUGGCAAGAUUCCCAAGCCUGUUCUCCUGCACCAGAACAGCACGGAGGUGUCCUCGACCAACCAGGUGGAGGUCCCUGACACCACCCAGAACUCCCCAGUGUCCAUCAGCAGCGGGCUGAACAGCGACCCAGAUAUGGCUGACAGUCCCGUGGUGACGGGCAUGGGCCACGUGGCUUCCGUCCUGUCCAGCCUGUCCCAGAGUGUAUUCAUGUCCGAGGUGACCGGGGACCCCGGCUACAGCAUGUCCCCCAAUGGGGGCCCCAACGCCCACCUCAUGGGCCCCGACGCAGCCUCUCAGGGACUGGGGUUGUCCGGUGUGGUGGCAGACAACCACAAAUUUGCCUUCCCUAGCGGAGGGGCUGGGGAGGGUCCCGGGGGGGCAGGGGGAGCAGAUGGGCUGUCCAUGCUGUCUGCAGCCGGUGUGUCUGAGGAGCUGGUCCUGUCCAGCAGCCUGGAUGCCGGAGGCAUGAAAAUACCUGAGACCACCAUGAACUUUGACCCUGACUGCUUCCUCAACAACCCCAAGCAGGGCCAGACCUACGGGGGCAGCAGGCUGAAGGGGGGCGGCAGCUCCUCCUCUUCCUCCUCUUCCUCCAAUGGCACCAACGGCAGUAUGCAGCGCUCUCCAUCCAUGUCAGACUCUGGAUACAGCUUCAACUCUGCUCUGGUGAAGAACAUCAAGACGGAGGACAUGUCCUUCGAGCAGCAGCUGGCCACAGAGCAGGGCUAUCAGGUGGGGGCGGUGGUGAGCUGUGGAGGAGGUGGAGCUGGUUCCUCUGGGACUGGUUCAGCGCAGGGCUCCCUCGGCCUGACCCCGGCUGGCUCUCUGCUGCCCUCUGGAGGAGGCCUGAGCCCCAGCACCACCCUGGAGCAGAUGGACUUCAGCGCCAUCGAUGCCAAGCAGGAAUACUCCUCCGGGGCUGGGUCAGUGGGCUAUGGCCAGGCUAUGAACAGCCCCCACCUCUCCCACCAGAGCCACUCGCCCAGCUUCUUCCUCCAGGACACCCAGCAGUCCGGCCAGGCCCAGCAGGGCAGGUCCUCCAUGGGCCAGAAGAGUCAUCUGAUGGAGCACAACUCCCACGACUCCACAGCCUACAUGGGCCUGCAGGUGGUCAAGACGGACUCCCCUGGCAUUAACGGCCAUCUCCACCACCACCACCAGAGCCACCACAGGGCCAACUGCAACGGUGGCUCCCCCACCGAGGGGCCAGGGCAGGGGCCUGGGUCUCUCCAGCUUCUGCAGUACCAGGGGGGCUUCCCUGGGCUGGGGCCAGAGCAUGAGGAGGUGGUGGGUCUGGAGCAGCCAGGCAGCGUGGGCUCAGGCCAGGCAGGGGGAACAGAGAAUGGAGAGGGCCUACUGAAGCCUGGGGAUCACCUCCAGGCCUGUGGAGGAGGCAACCCAGAGGGAGGAGGGACAGAGCACUACCUGCAGCAGGCCAACGGUGGAGGAGGUCAGGGAGGCGGAGGAGGAGGGGAAGGAGUGACCAUGCAUAACGGAAAUGGCAUCAACAACGACGGCAGCAACCGCUCACAGCAGCAGCAGCAGCAGCUGCAGCCCCUCCUCCAGGGGGCUGGGAUGGUCCAGGGCCUCUACAACACCGUGGGGCCCCACCAGGGCCUGGGCGGAUCGGGCUCUAACGGGGGAGCAGGAGGGGGAGGCAUGGAGAUCAGCUUGGACCACUUCGACAUCUCCUUUGGAAACCAGUUCUCUGACCUCAUCAAUGACUUCAUCUCUGUGGACGGUAGUGGAACCAACAUGGCUGCCGGGGGAGCUCUUUACAACCACCAGCUGGUGGCCAACCACGGCUCAGAUGGUCAGGCCACGCCUAGUGGAGCUCCCCAGCAGGGCCAGGAGGACGGAGGGGUAGGAGGGGCCCGGGGGGCAGGAUACAGCCCCUCAGAGCUCUGUCUCCAGCCCUGCUGCAGCCCUCAGUCUCUGGGUGCCGGGGCUGGGGGUGCAGGGACGGAGUCAGGCUCUCUGGCAUACAUGGACGUGGCGGAGGUGGUGUCUGCAGCCGUGGCCCAUGGGGCUCUGGGGAUGUUGCAGGCCACAGGGAGACUCUUCAUGGUCACUGACUACUCGCCCGAGUGGUCCUACCCUGAGGGAGGAGUGAAGGUGCUCAUCACUGGUCCAUGGCAGGAGGCCAGCUCUAACUACAGCUGCCUGUUUGAUCAGAUAUCUGUCCCUGCCUCUCUCAUCCAGCCUGGGGUGCUGCGCUGCUACUGCCCAGCUCAUGACACUGGGCUGGUGACACUGCAGGUGACUGCCAGUAACCAGAUCAUCUCUAACUCAGUGGUGUUUGAGUACAAAGCCCGCGCUCUGCCCUCACUGCCCUCCUCACAACACGACUGGCUCUCACUGGACGAUAACCAGUUCAGAAUGUCCAUCCUGGAGCGCCUGGAGCAGAUGGAGAGGCGGAUGGCAGAGAUGGCCUCCCAUCACCAGCAGGGCAGCGGAGGAGGUGCAGGAGGAGGAGGGGGAGCAGGAGCAGGAGGAGGAGGAGGAGGUGGUGGUGGUGGUGGUCACAACAGCCAGACACAGUGUGUGUCAGGGCAGGGUCAGGCGGGCAGCAGCUUUGAGAGCCGUGUGGUGGUGGUGUGUGAGAAGAUGAUGAACCGGGCCUGCUGGGCCAAGUCCAAACACCUAAUCCACUCCAAGACCUUCAGGGGCAUGACCCUGCUCCACCUGGCCGCUGGGCAGGGCUACGCCACCCUCAUCCAGACACUCAUCAAGUGGCGCACCAAGCAUGCAGACAGCAUUGACCUGGAGUUGGAGGUCGAUCCCCUCAAUGUGGACCACUUCUCCUGCACCCCUCUGAUGUGGGCGUGUGCCCUAGGUCACCUGGAAGCGGCAGUGGUCCUGUAUAAAUGGGACCGACGGGCCCUGGCCAUCCCUGACUCCUUGGGACGCCUGCCCUUGUCCAUCGCCCGCUCCCGCGGCCACACCAAGCUGGCCGAGUGUCUGGAGCAGCUGCAGAGAGAGGAACAGCAGCCCCCUGCACCUCUGCCCCCCACCACACGCAUGUCCUUCUCCCCCACCCCCCACGACGCUCCCACCUCAGACAGCUGGAUGGUCACAUGGGCCAGCGACGGUGUGAUGGCGCCCGGCGGGAAGAAAGGAGGCUCCACCACGGCCACCUCGAGCAACCUCAACCCAGACUUGAGAAGGCCGCGAUCCGAGCCCUCCAACUACUACAGCAGUGAGUGCCAGCGAGACCUGCCCCUGGCCAAGAAACACAAGCCAAACCCAGAGAUGUUCCAGGCCCGGCCCGACAAGGCCAUGUCUGUCCCACUGAGCCUGGAGCAGCAGCAGCUACACAAGCUGUCCUUCAGCCCCAAGAGCCUGUCCCAUGAGGGCCUCAGCCCAGACAAGAGCCUCUCCGGUGGGGCAAGUGCUGGAGAAUCCGGAGGAACCAAGUGGCGCUCCAGGGAGGGUUUCUCCAGUGGGGGCUCAGGCAGGAAGGGCUCGGGGGGCUCUGGGGGCAGCAGCCUGGGAAAGGAGAAGCUGGCUAGCAGGCUGAGACAGAGGGAACAGCUGGGGAACAUGCUGGUGAUAGCUGAGAGAGAGAUGGUGAGCACUGAGCUGCUGUCCUACAGAGAAGAUCUGGAGAACCAGGACUGUAUGACACAGAUGAAUGACCUGCAGGUGAACAUGAUGACUCUGGCAGAGCACAUCAUUGAGGCGACCCCAGAGAGGAUCAAGAGGGAGAACUUUGUGGCCCUGGACGGUGUGCCCCUGGACAGUACUGGGGUCAGCAACACCAUGAGCUGGUUGGCCAGUUACCUCGGAGACGUGGAACAGCUGCCCAGCAUUAUACAUCUACGAUCUCUGUACAGUGGACCUCUCGCUCCGUCCUCCAGCCCAGGGGGGUCUCCCCUGAGGGAGGGGUCCAUGGGGAGGCCCACCCUGCCCCCCCCGGCCGACUGGAGCGAGUUCCUCCAGGCCUCCAACAGCAAGGUGGAGAGAGACCUGGCCCAGCUCACCCUGUCCGACCCCGAGCAGAGGGAGCUGUACGAGGCCGCCCGUCUAGUCCAAACUGCCUUCCGCAAGUACAAGGGGCGCCCAUUCAGAGAUCAACAGGAAGUAGCUGCGGCCGUCAUUCAGCGUUGUUACAAGAAGUACAAACAGCUUACAUGGAUAGCCUUGAAGUAUGCACUUUAUAAGAAGAUGACGCAGGCCGCCAUUCUUAUCCAGAGUAAGUUCCGCAGCUACCAGGAGCAGAGGAAGUUCCAGCAGAGCAGGCGGGCGGCCGUGCUGAUCCAGCAGUACUACCGCGGCUACAAGGAGUUUGGCAGGCUCAGGCCCCACCGCCGAGGAGCCGCCGCCGCCCUGGUGCAACAUAAACUCAGAAGUAGUCUGCUCUCCAAGAGGCAGGAUCAGGCUGCCAGGAAGAUCAUGAGGUUUCUACGCCGCUGCCGCCACAGCCCCUUGAUGGACCAUAGACUGUUCAAGCGGAGUGAACGAAUCGAAAAGGGCCAAGGAACAUGAGAACCCUCAGAAGAGCCCCCUCACAAUGUGACAUCACUCUCCUCCUUUUCUUUCCCCCCUUUGUACCCAAGACAUUUUACAAGAGAAGAAAAUAAACAGUUCAGUGAAAACACUGCGAUUAUUAUUACAACUAUGACAGCGUGACUGAUUCCACUUCGAUUACAUGUACAACAACAACAGCAUUUUUCACGUUUAUCUAUCGUUGUGUAUGUUGGAGAGUGGCAACUUCUUCUGGAGAAUUCUAAACUAAAGGAGAAGAAGCUGUGGGGGGCAGAACAUUAGCUUCAUGACAUUUUUUUGCACUUUUUCAUGGAUUGCUUUGUCUUUUUGGGAGUAUCGGAGUCUAGGUUUUUAGAUGGUAAAGGAAGAGGAAUGUUGGACAUGUGGAAAAGGUCCCUGCCACCAGUGGAUCAAACCAAAAGGAUAAGAUGGAGGACAGCUAGGAUGGAGGACAGCUAGGAUGGAGGACAGCUAGGAUGGAGGACAGCUAGGAUGGAGGACAGCUAGGAUGGAGGACAGCUAGGAUGGAGGACAGCUAGGAUGGAGGACAGCUAGGAUGGAGGACAGCUAGGAUGGAGGACAGCUAGGAUGGAGGACAGCUAGGAUGGAGGACAGCUAGGAUGGAGGACAGCUAGGAUGGAGGACAGCUAGGAUGGAGGACAGCUAGGAUGGAGGACAGCUAGGAUGGAGGACAGCUAGGAUGGAGGACAGCUAGGAUGGAGGACAGCUAGGAUGGAG